GGAUGAUGUAGGCACACAGUGAAGACUUGGAGACGAGCGAUGCGUACAAGUAUUGAGUUCCUCUUAGUGAGAAUAAGGAAUACAAAAGUGUGAAGCAUCAUACAAAUCGUGUGGCCGAGGCUCGCCCAGUCCAGUCACGUCUUAAGAUUGGAUGAGAACCAUUUGAAUACCUUUCGGUAUUUUUUUCUCCUAGAAAAAAAGUUUGAUAGAAAAUGUGAAAAAAAUGUUCUAAUAAGCUUAAGUGGAAAUAGUAACAAAGUUUUUAAAAGAGAAAUUAGUCUGAAUGAGAUAAGAGAAAGGUUUGGUUGUAGGGAUCUCUGUACGCCUGGCAGCGUUGCAGCUCUGACGGAGAGGUGGUGGUAGUAGUAGUCGUGCAGGAACAGAUACGCCGAUUCUCUCGGACCUUAAUUCAACUCGCUUCUACAUUAACAUCCAGUGUCUAAUAUGCUCCAAUUGAGUGUUGUUUGUUGAAUUGUAAUAUGACAGUCCUCCUCUGUGUCCUAGAAGCGGUGGUAAUGUGACUUGUAGCACGGUGAUGCUGUGACAGGGAGCGUGUGAAGUGAUGCUGUGGUGUUUGUGUCUGUGAUCUUGGCAGUCAUGAGGCACCGAAGAAACAGAACUGUGUUGCGAAGUCUGGAAUAUUUGCGACCUUUCAUAAUCACAUCUUCUGCAAUGGGGGGAGAAAAUAACGUGAGAAGUGAAGCGUCCCAUUGACUGUGUGGACAGGUGCAGGUUGGAGUGAGUCUCCAGGGCGAACAACGAUGGGCAAGGAUAAAAGAUAAUAAAAAACGGUAUGCCCAUCGGGCCUGCGGGGAGCACAGACGGUGGGGCUGCGUGCGAUGAGGAGACCAACCCGCCAGCGGUGCCCUCCAGGCCUCCCCCACCUCCACCCCCGCGACUUAACACCUGCAUCCAUGGCCGACCACUCAACGCCGCCGCCACCAGUGAUCAGGACGGAGGAGAUCGAUCCCGGCCCUGGUGGAAGAGCUGGAAUCGGAAAUACGUGUUGUUAUGUGGAACCUGCGGAGCCUCGGCCGUCCUGUUGGGCACCUUCUACCUCAUUAUCUACUUCGUGCUCAGGUCCUACACGUCGUCGCUUCAGUACUUCGAGACUAUACCCACCUACGUGCCCGCCUCCGUGUUGAUCCUGACUGGCCUGUUGGUGUUGUGCUUCGUUAGACGGAAGAACAGAUACUCCUACCUGAUCAAGGUUAGCGGGUGUCUGUGUCUGGUGUGUGCCGUGCUCUGCGUCGUCGUCACCGUCACCACCACGGUCCUUCACAUGAACCGCCUGCAAACUCUUCACGAGUGCGAGUUCUUCCCGCACUCACAGUCGUGUACGUGCACUCCUUACACCGGCGUGCACGAUCCCACCCAGGACGUACGCUACGAGUUCUCACUGCUCAACGUGGGUGCCAGCUGUGACGUCAUCCAUGGCCCGCUGUAUUCGUGCCUGCGUGCCCUCUUCGGUUUAUCUGUCAUCGGCAUCCUGGUGUCCAUCUUCUCGUGCAUGUUAGUGUACCAACUGCUGAGCCAUGAGAAAAAGAAGAUGUAUUGGGAGCAGCUGGAACACCGUCGUCGGCUGUUAUAUCGGCGUGCUCCGGCUCCAAAUGCAUGUUCCUGCUGUGACGACUAUGGUUUUGUUCCGCCAUCUGAACUGUAUCCAUGGGCGCCGUGGGACACCCUCGAUGACAGGUACUGGGCUGGUGGGCAUCUAUACACUCCUGGUGCCGAGGACUCCUCUAAUGCCUCGCGCUCGGUCCUUCUUGGAGCAACCACAACACCCCAGGGACAAGGACCACUUUGGCUCCCAUGGGGUGGUGCUUGGGGUGCACACAGUGGAGCAGCACCACAACAAAACCAACAACACCAGCAACAGCAGGCCACUACCCCAGGAGAUCCAAGUGGAGUUGCAACAGGUGUUGGAUCAACGGAGAACAAUCCAAAUGAAGACACCAGGGCACAGGUGACAGGUGUACUUCUCCGUCCCUUCCUCCCUCGAGGUUUGGAAAAUCGACUUGGUCUUCGACGGCAGCAUCCACCAGGUCCUCAGAGCAGACGACCAUUGUCAGAUCCGGGUGUGGUGCUGCAGCUGCCUCGCUACCCUCCUGCUUUUACUGAGGCCUAUCUGCCUCCCAUGGCUUACCAGGAGGCAUUCCCUCGUUACAUGUGGGGACCACCGCCACCUUACUCCCAACCCACUUCUUCGGAGAAUUUGGCCAUGCAAAUGUCACCCCACCAUCAUCCAAACUCUCCAACCUCACCUCAGGGGUUGCAUGGCUUAAUGGCACAAGCAUUAAGGUCCUCCCCUGCACACCGUCCUGCAACUCUAGCUGACUUGAUGCAUGGUCCUGCAAGUCCCACCAGCAACACCUUAUCUUCUCCCAGUGAUGACUCAGAGAUCAUGAGCUCCCCAUCCCAAAAUCAACGAGUGACUCGAGGGCGGCACAAGGGCAGUCCUGGUGACCAAGGAGGAACGCUGGGUGGAUCCAGUUCUCUCCCUUCUCGUCACCGUUCACGUAGACUGCCCAUAGGACAUGUUAAAUCAUUGGGAGAUGUUAAUGAGCAUAAGCAUGAUGAACCUCUGGAAGUGCUAUUCUGUGAUGGAAAAGACAUUACCCCACUGGAUAAAUUUCAGUCUCAAGCUGAUGUGCCUCGUGAUGCAUACCGCAGCAAGCACAUCAAGAGUAUUAGUGACCCUAAGGUGGUAUACACAACUGGCAAAAAUGAGCAAGAAUCUGAGCUGUACUUUGCUGAUGUUUCAUCUUGCAUCUCUGUAAGGCAAGAUGGAGAUGAAAUGCUGUAUUACUCAGAACCUACCAGCUCUGCUAGCCAGAACACACCUUCGCCUACUGAUAAGGAAGGCUUGGAUGCCACAGUUAACCAUACCUAUGAACAAGUACGUGAAAAAGAUGAUGAUAGCUCCCAUCAUGCCUCUGAUGAUACUAUGAUUGUGCACACUUCAUCUUCUGAUCACAGUCUUGCUGCAGAGACAGAAAAUACAUACAGUGUGGUGUCACCUCUCACAGACAUGUCAAGCACCUCCCCUAUGAUUACUGAUACAGAUGCAUAUUCUUGCUACACACCUACCACGUCAGGGCCCUCACCCUCAUCACCCAGCCAGAGAGACAACACUCCCUCUACACCCCAGACCACGUAUAACCACAAUCUUUCUCUUCAUUCCAUUCGACAACUCCACCCACUUCAUCCUCUACACCCAUUACACCACAUUCGUCACAUACAUCCAAGUGGCAGAUCUCAUCUUAAUGACAAUGAGUCCAUCCCACCGCAACUCAGUGACUGUCCUGAGGGAGAACUUGAGACAGAACACUGUUAUGAGACACUACCAGGAUGCACUGAUGACCCUGCUGCUUCCACAGGCUCUCCAACCUCAACUUCAGAGCCUUGUCAGGAGGGCACCACACAUUCAGCAGAUGCCUCAGACCUCAAUGGAAAUGUGACACUGACUGAAGCUGUUGUACAUAUGGGUCCCUCUGUGAUGGAUGGUUCAGUGUCAGGCAGCCAGACCUCUCGGGCAUCAAGGGCCAACCUUUCCCUGCCUCUUCGUCGGGUUCUUUCUUCUUCCAAUACUAACACUGAGGAGACUGCUGAAGACUCUCCAACUCAGGACUCAGAAAUGGUACCUGUAGACCAGAACCGCAGUUCGGGAGGGCGACGUGGAGCUACAGGAGGAGGAGAGCGCCUCUCCUAUCAUAGCUCAGAACCAAACACUCCUGCUGAAAGAAGAAUACAUUCGGUACAAGAUCUUCUAUUUACACUUAAAUCUGUUAAUGUGUAGAUGAGUGACAGCUGAUCACUGAAUAUGAUCCAGCACAGCUCAGAACUCAUAAUUUCAAAAGAAUGCACUUGGUACAAGAUGUACAAAAUAUUCACUUUACACUUAACCUGUUAAUGUUUAGGCAAGUGAAAGCUGAACACUUUGUACAGUCUAUACGAAGAGUACCUUGCAGUAGUCAUCAUGAUACCUAAUAAUGCCGGUAUUCAAAGUGAUUCACUUCAGUGUGAUUCUAAACAAGUCAAUGUCAUUAGAAUAAGUUUCUAAUAAACUUUGUGUGUGUGUGUGUGUGUGUGUGUGUGUGUGUGUGUGUGUGUGUGUGUGUGUGUGUGUGUGUGUGUGUGUGUGUAUGUUAGUGGAAUAGGUGAGAAGUAUUCUAUGCAAAUCCUUACAUUCUCAAUGAAGUCUAGAGGAAUAGUUCCAUGUAAUGUGAAAAAUGCAUCAUGACUGAUGGUAACCAUGUGACCUCAGCUGCAACAGCAGGUCCUUGGCAAUGGGGAUACAACAAUUUAGGUGGUGAGCACCACCACUGCUAAAGAUGAAAUGGCUUGAUGGCCUAUGAGCAGCAUGAUCACUAUCCCCCAGCUACUACCUAGGACUGCAGGGGCAUCUCAUAAGUGCAAUACUCUCCCAUGGUAACUAAAUUUUAUCUACAUUGAACCAAACUUGACAUGGAAGAACUUGAAGAUUGCUAGGAGAGAGCAAUAUUUCCAUUCUCUCAUCCAACACUAUUUUUCUCUAAAGUUUGUGUUUCACAUCAAGAGCAGUGGGAAAGCUGGAGGCUUCAUGGCAAGAUAAGUUUCAUUAUGUUAGCUGAGGCCUCAGCUAUUGUCUAGAUAAAAAAACAGCACAUUUAAAGCUUGACCUAUGCCUUUAUUUGUAUGUUUAAGAAUUAGAUAGAAAUAUGUCAGGCCAGCUCAGCAAUAGUGUAAGCACUGACAUUCUUCCUAUUAUUAAUUUUAUUGAUUUUUAAAAGUGUACCAUAAUACCUACUUAAUUAAUGGUGUGCAUGUAGCUCAGCCAGGUUUUCCUGACAUGCCUUUUUGAUGCCAAUCAAGGCUGACCACACAAGCAAUGGUAAGCAGAAAUGUUGGUUGUUAUCUUUUACUUUAGUGUUUUUUUUUUUUUUUUCUAUGAAAUGAGUUCCCUCUGGUGACAAGGUGUGGUUUUUGCUCUCAUAAGUGUCAUAUCUCCUAUUCCUCUUCUGAUUCACUGAAAGCAGAUAUGUACACAUAAGUUAAUUUUCAAAGUGCAUCUGUGAUAGCAUGCCAAAAGUACUCACUGCUAUGUCUUGAGAACAAGAGGCUGAGGAGAUGAAGGCUAAAGAGCACAACUUGGCAUAAGUUGAACACAGCUUGCACAUGAUGAGCAGUUUCUUGCUACUUCAUCAAUCCUGAUUGCUUUUUACUUGCUUGACGUGUAAACUGAUGAUCCCUUCCUUGGAGAUACCCAAUAUGCUCCGUUUGUCCCAUAGGAGUGCUGUCACAGUGGUCAAUGGGUGGCACUGAUGCUAGUGCAAUAUAUUUGCAAUUUGUAUAAGAAUAUGAUUCAACCGUGUUAACUAGGGGCAUUAUUGUUAGCAUUUAUUGUGGUGUAAUAUUUAUGAAGACAAGAUGUUGUCAUAUUUUGUAUCAGUGCAUCAUGCAAAGCUUUUUAGAAGAGUCAGUGUCAAGGUCUUGUGUAGAAAAAAAACAAAUCCUCUUCUUUCUCAAGACAAGAUUAAGGAAAUAUAAGACUUCCAUCCAAUAAUCUUGUGUAUAUGAGUGAGAGAGUAGCCCAGUUUUGGGCAGCACUAGUUUUUAAGGCUCACAACGCUCAGGUUGAUGUUGUCCAUAUCUCACGUCAGUGACAAGGUUUCUUAAAUUUAAGUCAUUGAUAGAAAGAAUGAAAGUGAAAAUGUGUCAACAGCUGAUUUUCUGAAUUUAAUGACAUAUUUUUUUACAGAACUAAAAACUGCUCACUAUAUAUGCUACUUGAAAGGCUAAAAUUAACAUGAUUUGAUAUUUUAUGUGUUCCACAAGGUUUUUGUCACAAUGAAGUGCAUACAGGUAGGAGAGGAGCUCAUGGCACACAAACUAUCACAUAUCUUUUUGUACUUAUGGUCAACACACUUCAUGAAAAUAAGUGUGUAAAAUAAGAAGAUAUUCUGCAGGCUUCAGUUUUUUAAGUGUGUUCUUAAUGUCUAUGUUGAUUAGGUUGUUAUUGUUAUAAUUAUUUUCUUUAAUUAGUUAAUUUAUUUAUUUAUUUGUUUUAUGUUUUUAUUGUUAUUAUGUAU